UGGAAGCAGAAGCUGGUCCUCGUGAUCGACGAGGUCAGCAUGCUCGGCGGAGCCACUCUGUACAACAUCAGCUGCCACCUCCAGUCGCUCCGAGAAUGCCCAGACGAGCCCUUUGGCGGUAUUCCUGUUGUCCUCCUAAUGGGGGAUUUCUACCAGUUUGCGCCGGUGCGAGAGACGAGCCUCCGCAUGAACAAGAUUGGGAACCCCGCCAUGAUGUCGGCGGCGGCCUCAAUAAUUGCUCACCACCGCGGCUACAGCCUGUGGCUAGUGUUUAAGACUGUCGUGCUUCUCGAAGAGCAGGUCCGGGCUCGAGGCGAUCCCCAGCUCCUCGCUCUUCUGGAAAGAGUACGGGACGGCGUCCAGACACAGCAAGAUCUUGACCUACUCAACACAAAGCUAGUGGACCGCUCCCAGAUCACCUUCCGUGAUGGAUUACGAGUCAUAACACCGCUUAACCGCAACCGGUGGAAUCUCAACAUGGAGGCAGUCGUAGACUGGGCACGCGCCGGGGGUUGCCAGUUGUCCAGGCCUUUGUGCUCACCGACUACAAGGCCCAAGGCAAGACGUUUAUGGAAGUACUCCUUGAACUGCGAGGAAACCGUGUGA